GCCGGGACCUUCCUGCCGUAGGGUUCCUCUGUCCCGGCGCGCCCCAUCACCAUCACCCCUACACCUGUCUCGUCUUCUUCGACCAGCCUCACAACCUCACCAUCCAUCUCCACCAUUUCUACCCGGACCAGUUCUCCGUGGUGUUGUGUAGCAUGAUCUACUUCACCUCCUGACCGGAUCUGGUGGGUUCGGAGCAACAACACUGCUUCAACAUGCAACAUCUCAUACGGUUUCGGGACGUGGGCCAACCGGUUUACCUGAAUAUCUCCUCCCUCUCACCAGGCCCCACCCACCACAGCCUCCCAGACCAGCUCCGAGACCAGCAUCUGGUCCAGUCCUCCUCCCAUCAUGACACGGCCAUAGAGGGGAAAGAAUUCAACUUCACCUACGAAAUGAGGCAGCUGGGAUCUCACGAACCAGCUGUUGAAGGCCUCGACUACGCCCACCUGCAGGACUGCCACUACAACGGCGUUCCUGUCCUCCACCAGCUGUCUGACAGGAAGUUCCGGUUCACCUGCGAGUGUGCAGCUGGGGCGUCGGGCGCCAGCUGCCAGCUGGGAGGCCUCUGUUCCAGCGACAACCUUCGCAGCUGGUGCUCUGAUCACGGCGAGUGUAGAUACGUGGCAGGGGAGAGUAUCUGCGUGUGUGAGGGGGGCUACCGGGGCGCCUCCUGCGAGCAUCACUUCACUACCAUACCUUCCUAUGACAGAACGUGUGGCGGCCUCCUUCAGUGCCACCAGAGCUGUCACCUGCGUGUCGAGGCCCAGGCCAACCUGACCUUCUGCUCCUGCACCGCCGGCUACGUCCCCACCAACGCCACCCACUGCGUCACUCAAGAGUACUGGGACGUGACUGUAAGGAUGAAGAUACCUGACGGGCGACUUUACAGUGAAGGAGACGUCCUCAAUAAAACGUUGAUGGUGGUAACCGCUGGAGGAGGUGGUGUGGUCGACGCCAGGAACCUCUCCAUCACCACUAGGGCCGGGGAGGUGGAGGUGGAAGUGACGGUGGAGGGGACGGAGGUGGCCGCCCGUCUCACCAGCAGCGACCUAUGGCAGCGACAGUUUGGUCCAGUGAAGGUGGAGGCCGCCCGCACGCCCCCGCUCUCACUUGGGCCCGUGACGGCGGAGUGGGAGGAGGGGUCGGUGCUGGUGUUGACCUGCCCUGUGUAUGGCGGUCCCUUGCUGGCUGUCUCCUGGUUCAAGGACGGAUCACUAGUCUACAGUCACGCCGUCCCUUACUGCUCCCUCCAGGAAAGAACUCGACGCGUCCAGCUGUUGGCCAAGCCUGGCGCGGCGGACCACGAGUGUUCCAUCAUGUUGAUCGUCACCCACGCCCUGAGGGAGGACCUGGGCACCUACGUCUGCCAGGUGGCUGACCGGGGCUACCUGGCCUCGCAGGUGGUCAUGGCCGGCAGGAACCAGUCGCUCCAGCUGGAUAUAUUUCCCCGGGUCCGCACCGUCUUCCAGGGGGAAGCAGCGAAGUUCGAGUGCAGCACGAGGAACCGCCGGUGGGCAGACCCCCGCCACUACACGGCCCACUGGCUCCUGCACCCCGCCCACGCCCACACCAACAUCACGCCCAUACACAGGACGGGGUCCUCUCUCACUAUCUUCAACCUCACGCAGUCGCUUAACGUGACGUGCAUCAUGACGGAAGAGAAGGGACUGAUGUGGACCCCAGUGGACGAGGACGGAGAGGUGGCCUCCACCGUGGCGGUGGUGCACGUCCUCGCCCCUGGCGCCCUCGCCUGCCACGACGACCUGGCGUACGGCGUCUCCUGGCGACUCACCCCGGCUGAGGAGCGGUACGUGGCGCCGUGUCCUGAUGACUACGGAGGCACGGCGGCUACUCGCCCGUGCCUGCUGCUUCAGCGCCCUGACGUGCCUCCUGACGGUGGGUCUCUCACCACUCCUAACUCGUCGGAAUUCUCUGGUUUACAACCCUCCUGGGACCUUCCGGACUUCUCAGAGUGCCUUUAUCGGCCACUCGAGUAUAUCACGAGGCCGCUCUACUACUAUAAGAGAGGCUUCAGCUCCCUGCCUGAAGACCUGGAGAGUCUGGCGAAGGAUGUCCUCAAGAUCCUGCAGGAGAGGGUCUCGCCCGUGCUUCCAGGUGAAGGCGCCAGCAUCCUCAACAUCCUGGAGAUGUUUGAAGCAUCAGAUCGUCUCAUCUCCCUGUCUGUGUUCCUUAGCAUCCUCCAGACGGUGGUUCGUCAGAAGAACGCCCUCUCCUUCGCUGCCAGCUGGAGGAUGCUGGAAGUUACCAGGAAACACAUGAGGGCUAUCGUAGCGUCUUCCUUGAGCGAAAGAGAGGUCAAGACAGAGGAAGUCAACCUCCCAGACUUGACAGCAAAAGUGGCCUGUCUUGGACGUCAGCAGCUUAUUACAACACUGGAUACACAACACAUUUCUUUUAAACAGGAAGGAGAGAAGAUAUCCCUGGUGAGGGUACUGGUGAAGGCGGUGCCGGAGGGCAGACCGCGGCCGGGGAAGCUGAUAUCACAAGAGGUACACCAGGAAGUGAUGGAGGGAGAGAAGCUAUGGAGCAAGAGAGGCCCUCAGAGACUUCAAUACUUACAGGGAGAGAAGAUCUCCGCAGAAUGGGAGGGCCUUAAGAAGGUGCAGCAACAGCAACAACAGCAGAAGCAGCAAGAACAGGAAGAGCAACAGCAGGAGCAGCAGCUGAAGCAGCAAGAACAGGAAGAGCAACAGCAGGAGCAGCAGCUGAAGCAGCAAGAACAGGAAGAGCAGCAGCUGAAGCAGCAGUCAGAGGCGUCGGUGGGGAUAUUAGCGUUUUUACACUCCAACAACUUCCCCGCCACCAGCCCUCAUCACAUGUUCAGGGAUGGGAGAAGGGAGGUUGUGACGGUAGCGGCCCCGCUGGUGAUGGUGGUGGAGCACCACGAUGAUGUGUCCACCGUACGAGCCGGGGCGUCAGGAGCCGCAGAGACCGCCCACACCACCCUCACCAACUUCAGCAUUGUGUCACGUCUCAUUUACUCCUGCCCAGAAUCAUCUCUCCAGAUUGAGAAGGAGAAAGGGUGGAUGGCUGCGUGCGGCCUCGCCAGGGUGGAUGAGGGAGCCAUCCACUGGGACCUGACACUAUGCUCCCUACUGAAGGCCGAAGCAGGUGGCACCCAUCACCACAGCAGCGACACUGCUACACGGAGGUGUGAGUGCCAGUGCCGUGGUCAGGGGCUCUUCACGCUUCUCCUGGUUCGAGCAACAACUCCAGAAGUACUGCAGGAGGAUUCCGCCGGCCCGCGGCGGAAGGAAAGGCUGAGUGUAGCGGUGAGCUGCGUGCUGUCUGCAGCUGCGACGGUGGUGUGUGCGCUGCUGUUGGUCCCCAGAGCCGCCCUCACGACGGUCCAGCUGCGGCUCCUCAAGUGUCUGGCUCUCACCGCUCUCAACCUCACCUUCGCCGUCUUCUCCGUGUGGCCCACCUCACAGGUGGUGCACGAGGGCGUGCUGGUGACGGGAAGCUCGUGUCUGGUGCUCUGUGUGGGCGUGGGCGGCAGUCAGCAGAUGGCUCUGCACCAGCAACUGGCCAUCACCACCCACACCACGCCCAUAUCACCCACCCACACCACCACCAUCGUCGUGCUGGUGGGAUCAUGCUUGAUGGGGCUUGGGGUGUGGGGGGUGCAGCGCCUCUGCCGCUACCAGCUAGGGGAUCCCUGGCUGCCCCUAGGGGACGCUAGGGGACUGACUGCGGCCGUGUUGGGCUUCCUGGUGGCUGUGACCCUCCUGCUGGCAGCGCUAACGGGCCAUAACCUCAGGAAGAUUGCUGUUAUCAAGGCGGCGACCCGCGACCACCGGAGCGUCGCCCUGAUAUGCGAACGUGUGUGGCAGCUGGCGAUGGUUGUGGUUGGCGAGUGGUUGGUCAUCACUACCAGCCUGGUCCAGCACCACCACCUCGGACGGCAUUUCUUCUGCCUGGCUACCCUCGCUCAGGGCGCCCUGGUCCUGGUAACGAACACGUGUACCAACGACGACGUUAUUGGUAUGGUGUGGUGUCGCCGUGGGAGUCUCGCCUGCGACCCACCACCUCAGGAAGAAGAGGGCGUGUUAAGUACUGUGGGUGUCCAGCAGAAUGGCUGUAUGGAGGGACUGGUGGCCUGUAGGAUUUCCUCUCUUAGAAAAUACGAGAGCAUUCCGGAAAGAGAAUAUAGCCAUCUCAAAGACGAUGUCUCGGAAUUUCGAACUCGCGGGGGCUCCUUCUGGUCGCAGACGACGACAACAAUGAUGCUUCCGGAGAGCGAGAUCGUACACUCCCCUACAGACCCUCUUGGUCCCUUUUCCCAUCGCCUGAUGGAGCCCAGGAUCCACCUUCAUCGCAUCCUGGAACCCAAGACCCUCCUGCCGCUCUACGCCCGUGGCAGCAGCACGGGCACCGCUGGCGACAACCGACCCAGGAACCUGUUUCUUCGGGGCAGCAGCUUGGUGAGUGGGGAAGACACAUCGAGUCCUCAGGAUAUUCUAAGUGUCUCUUCGCUGGUCUAUGAAGCGAUGGAUGCCCGGAUGCUGGAGCAGAAGAGGAAUAUGUCAUUCAAUGUACAUCAUCCUGUUAUUCACGAGCUGCCUCAAAACCAACGUCUGGUCAACUCAUCAAAGCAACUCGCACUUCAUCAACGCCUGGACAGAAUCCCAUCCAGAAAUUAUCUGAAUAUGUCAUUAUCUAAACACAGAAACUGUUCAAAAGGAGAAAAUAUGCAAUCAACCAAAGACACGAAAGAGACUGAUGCAAGAAGAUACAUGAACAUUGAAAAUGGCGACCCAGGGAGCUGUCACGUGACUGUCAGUAAGACUGCGGCUUGUUAUGCUAACACGGAGAUCACCAACACUUGCCAGGGUGGUAGUGAGCAGAGCAACUUCAACCAUAGCUAUCUGCCCAUGGCCGGGAAGGGGAAAAGGCAGAAUAUACAGACACAUUGCUUAAGGCGAAUCAAUGACAACUCGACACUACAUCGACAACGAAUCAAAGCAUUGGGUGACACACACAUGGUCACGGACGAACAACGAACAUGUAGUGCAGAACAAUCCCAGUCACCAAUCACGGAAUUCUAUCCCCAAUCACCAGACACAUUGAUCUACUCCCAGACGCUAGACACAUCAAUCUACUCCCAGAUGCUAGACACAUCGAUCUACUCCCAGACGCUAGACACAUCGAUCUACACCCAGACGCCAGACACAUCAAUCUACUCCCAGACGCUAGACACAUCGAUCUACUCUCAAGUGCCAGACACAUCGAUCUACACCCAAACACUAGACACAUCAAUCUACACCCAGACGCUAGACACAUCGAUCUACUCCCAGACGCCAGACACAUCAAUCUACUCCCAGACGCUAGACACAUCGAUCUACGCCCAGCAACAAGCGUCAGCAAUACAAAAAUGCAAUGAUAAUCCGGCUUCGUUAGAAGCUGAUUCUGGACAUAGUCCAGAUGAACAUAUUUAUAGCUAUUUGGAGAUCCCGGAAGCCAACAGUAAUACCUCACCAUCAGUGAUUCGCUCUUCACCAUCACCAUCUCAGUGCUCACCAUCAGCAUCUCAGUGCUCACCAUCAGCAUCUCACUGCUUCUGUGCCAAUGCAGUGUUUGACCUGAAUAUUCAUAUCUCAGACUUCCCUGGUGGUGAGGCCAGUGUUGGCGAGGCCAGUGUUGGCGAGGCCAGUGGUGGCGAGGCCAGUGGUGGCGAGGCCAGUGUUGGCGAGGCCAGUGGUGGCGAGGCCAGUGUUGGCGAGGCCAGUGUUGGCGAGGCCAGUGGUGGCGAGGCCAGUGGUGGCGAGGCCAGUGGUGGCGAGGCCAGUGUUGGCGAGGCCAGUGGUGGCGAGGCCAGUGGUGGUGAGGAAAGUGGUGACGAGACCAGUGGUGGCGAGGCCAGUGGUGGCGAGGCCAGUGUUGGCGAAGCCAGUGGUGGCGAGGCCAGUGGUGGCGAGGCCAGUGUUGGCGAGGCCAGUGGUGGCGAGGCCAGUGGUGGUGAGGAAAGUGGUGACGAGACCAGUGGUGGCGAGGCCAGUGUUGGCGAGGCCAGUGUUGGCGAAGCCAGUGUUGGCGAAGCCAGUGGUGGCGAGGCCAGUGGUGGCGAGGCCAGUGGUGUGGCCUCGCUACUGUACCUGAGGCGUACAUAAAGAAAAGAUUCGUUCCUACCGACCGUUAUUCAUUACGUAUGUGUAAAGUGGUACCACAUCUGGUGCAGUUGUGGGGACCCAUAGCCUCGAAGAAGGUAAUAAAGAGCAUUCAGAGAUAAACUUGUCGUUGGACUCUAAAUUACGCAUCAGUAUUUGCUUCUUCUUCCAUAUCUCGAACACUGUUUAUGUAGGAGAGACGUAAAUCGAUGUAAUUGUGUAUGUAGGUUAGAUUAGCAUUUUAAAAUCACUACAUUCGCCUUCUGUGGUUGUUUAAUAAAUUCCUGAACUAUAUAAAUAAUAUAAAUAUGUUUAUUCAGGUAAGGUAUAUACAUACAAGUGAUGUUACAUUAAUGGAUUGAUAUAUAGAUAGAGCUAGUACAUACAAUGCCUAAAGCCACUAUUACGCAAUGCG